AGUUGUAAAACCCUAGCCGAUUUAGGUUUGUGACUAUUCGUGAUCCCUCUCUCUGCGGCUGUCACUGAUCUGCAAUCUCACCAUGGCUCCAAAGAAGGAAAAGGCUCCUCCGCCGUCCUCCAAGCCAGCCAAGUCUGGUGGUGGCAAACAGAAGAAGAAGAAGUGGAGCAAGGGUAAGCAGAAGGAGAAGGUGAAUAACAUGGUGUUGUUUGAUCAGGGAACUUAUGAUAAGCUUCUCACUGAGGCUCCCAAAUACAAGCUCAUUACUCCUUCUGUUCUUUCUGAUCGUUUGAGGAUUAAUGGAUCACUUGCAAGGAGAGCCAUAAGAGAUUUGAUGGCUAAAGGUUUGAUCAGGUUGGUAUCAUCCCACUCAAGCCAACAGAUUUACACCAGAGCUACAAACACCUAAAUUCAUAUCGCUCUUAGUUAUGAUGUAUUGGUAUUUUGAUGACUCUGAUUAAGUAUUUUUCUCUAGCCAUGAGCUUGUACCUCAUUCUAGUUUAUAUGUUGCUAAGUUAAAUUGACAGUUUGUCUCCCUUUUAUCAUUGGUAACAUACUUGACUUAUAUCUUCUUGUUUCUGUUUAUUGAGCUAGCACCUAUUUGAUUUA